AUGGUAGUAGCCGUGAUGAUGCUCUUGUUUUCCAUUUCGUCAUUUUGUACAGCUCACGAAAGGACUGAAAACAAUUACAACAACAACAACAACCUUGUUUAUACAAUCUAUGCCACUAACUCUACCACACAUCAUAACGUAACAGCCUCUUCUUCUCAGACCGAUUCAGGAACCUCUACGGAACGAGUGGUUUUAGUGUGUUUGUUAUUAUUGGUUGUUUCCGUUCUGUUGGUGGUGAUGGUGUUUGCCAUCUACUAUUGGAUGAAAAAGAGAAGAGAACGAAAGGAGCAAAUGGAAGCCACUCAACAAUUACCACAAUCUCAAGAAAUGAAUAAUCAUCAAAUUGAGCCAUUACAUAAUGGAGGAAGGAAAGAAAAGAAGAAGGGUCAUUUACACUUUGAAGACGAUGUUUAA